GUAGCAGUGCACCUUCCGUCGCAAGCCAUCCAACCGGAUACCGUCGGGCCUCCCAGAAGCAGCCUCCAGUGGCACCGGCUGGAAUGGGAGCCGAUUCGUCAGAGCGUUUCGAACCAGAGAGUCCUCCAAUCCCCGAUGGUCCACCUUUAGAUCCCGAUAAUGAUGUAGAUAUGAACGAUUAUAGUCCAUCUAUGGCACCCGCCAAUGAUCCCGACGAUCCAAUGGAGAUUGACUUGGCCACAUCAUUUCGAUUCGUAAGAGAUGAACCGAUUGAAAUGCAGACCGCCUGUGUUUUCACGGGAGAGACCACACAAGAACUUUUGAAGCUUGGCGCAUCCAGUUUAGCCGAUCACACCCAUGCCAACUUCAUAUCCCCCAUGUAUCUCCCUAAAAUCGGAAUGCCAACCCGGUAUUCGAAGUUCAGACUUGGCGGACGAGACGUCUUUUUGGCACGGCCGGAACAAGUCUUCACGGAAGACAGGAAAGUGACUUUAGACGUCGAUAAGACGGUGUUGGCUAGGGAAGUUGAACUUGGAUCGAUGGAGAAAGUCUCCUUUGGCACCAUUUUGGACAAGAAAGAGGCUGAUGCAUUCUGCAAGAAAUAUGAUGUGAAGCCCAUCAGUUGUCGAUGGGUUGUGACCGAGAAAGAGAUCAAUAAUCUUCCAGACGUGCGAUGCCGCAUGGUAGUUCAACAAGUGGCAACAGGAAAUGGUGUGGCAUCGACUUUGGGAUAUUCUUCGAACACACCUUCAGGUGAAGCUGUGAGAUCGAUCUUGAUUUUGGCCGCCUCGAACGGCUGGAGGAUUGGUACGCUGGACGUGAGUACGGCGUUCAUGAACUCUGAUCUUCCACCUGGCAUGAAGGUGAUUGUCAGGAUGCCAG